AUGGCAGCCUCCAUCCCGGCAAGCAUCCUCACGCACGAUGCGGCGCGACAUAUCAGAGCAACUUGGAUUGAUGAAUGUACAAGUCAUCACAGCGGAUGCCCCAAGGAGUACGCUGUCGACAUGGAAAGCAGACCGAAGAGGCUCAUACACGUGGCGAUGGAGGGCGCGGGACCAAGUGCUCGGCUUGUCAACACCGUCAGCCUUUCUGAUGACCUGCAAUACCUUGCCCUGAGCCAUUGCUGGGGCGGAAAGAAGUUUAUUACGCUCCAGAAGAGUAACCUCGAGGACUUUGAGCGAAGUCUGCCUCUCGAAAGCCAUGAUUUCAACAAGACCUUUGCAGAGGCUAUAUCCAUCACUGGGCUUCUUGGGUAUACAUACCUUUGGAUCGAUUCUCUGUGCAUCAUUCAAGACACAGACGAGCAGGGAACUAUCGAAGACUGGGAAGACGAGAUCCCUCUCUCCGAGAACCCUUCACCUCACGACGACCGGACUUAUGUGGGAAUGCUGCAGCCUAACGGCACAUGA